AUGGCGAGCCCAGCCCCACAGUUUCGCCUUGCAACCAUUGAAGAUGCGUCACAGGUGCAACAAUUGGUCCAAGCUGCGUUCCGCGCACCUGACGACCGGGAAGGGUGGACCGCCGACAUGGAACUGGGCAAUCGCUUUCGCAUCGAGGUCGAGCAAGUCGCGGCCACAAUUACGCGGGCCGACAGCGUCAUUCUUAUGGCCACAAUUGGCGGCGACCUGGUAGCCUCUGCCGAAGUUGUUAAGCGCAGCGACGGGCACGCUCGUCUGUCGAUGCUUUCCGUCAACCAGCGGUUUCAGAGCAACGGCCUGGGGCGCCAGGUUCUCGAGUACGCCGAGGACUACUGUCGGCGAACCUGGAGCGCGACCACCAUGGAGCUGAACGCGCUCUCGACGCGCCAGAACCUCAUCUCCUGGUACCAACGCCGCGGCUACCGGGAGACAGGUGGGACAUCGCCGUUUCCCCGCGACAAAUUUAGCGAUCUGGACUUGCCGGCGGACUUGUGCUUCGUGGAAAUGGAGAAGGAUCUGAGCUGA